GAAUUAUUUGACUAUGCUUGUUUGGAGUUGUUUUUCUGAAUGUACUUAUAUAUUUUGAUUAGAAACAUGAUCAAUUUGAUGAGGCUGAUGCCAUGAAAGUCGAAGAACAAGCUGCGCAAAUUGAGAAGGAUCUUAUUAUGAAGGAAAAGGAAACUCUUGAUGUUUUAAAAGAGCUGGAAAUGACCAAAAAGAUUGUUGAUGAACUCAAGCUGAAAUUACAGAAAGAAGCUGCUGAAGCAAGCAAAAGUCAAGAGUUCGAUUCCGAUGGUGAAACUGUUUCCCAAGUGAAAGAAUGUUCUUCCAAAGAUACUGGUGACGGGGUCGAUGUGAUAGGGUCGAAUGCUGGUGUAUCAAAGCAAUCACCAGGUUCCAUUUUAAUGGAUUUGAAGUUAGCAAAGGUGAGUUUGAGCAAGACAACUAGUGAUCUGGCUGGGAUUCGAUCUUCGAUUGAAUUGCUUAAUAGUAAAAUAGAGAAGGAGAAGUCGAUGCUUGAGAAGACCCGGCAGAAACUAGCUGCAAAUACUGCUGAGGUUGCAAAUUUGGAAGAAGAGUUGAACCUAACAACACAGAAGCUUCAAGCAGUCAGAGAUACGGAAAGUAACCAGUCUCUAGAUCCGUCUGAGAUUUCAAGGAAGAUCAAAGAAUUGAACUGUGAGACCGAGCAAUUCAAGAAGAUGGCUGAGGCUGCUAAAUCUGAAGUCUCGAAACUUACUUCUGAAAUCGAGCAGGCAAAGGCUAGCAUGAAGACUGCUGAAGUCAGGUGGCUAGCAGCUAAAAAGAUGGAGGAAGCAGCCCGAGCUGCUGAAGCCUCUGCACUCGAGGAGAUGAAAGCACUGACAAACAGUGAUAACUUGAGCGGAGAUCUCCAGAACUCCUCUGCAGUGACGCUCCCGAUUGAAGAGUACAUCAUUCUGACACGUAAAGCCGAAGAGGCUGAAGUAGCAUCAAAGAAGAAAAUCGAAGCAGCUAUGCUUAAAGUAGAAGAAGCAAAUCAGUCAAAGCAGGAGUUGCUACUCAGGGUGGAGGAAGCGAAGAAGGAAGUGAAAACCAGUCGGAAAGUUCUAGAGGAGGCCCUAAAGAGAGUAGAAGCUGCAAACAUGGGAAAGUUAGCAGUUGAAGAAGCUCUGAGGAAGUGGAGGUCAGAGCAUGGCCAGAAACGGCGGUCUCUUCCUAAUUCCACCAAAUUCAAGAAUGCAGGACCAGUUCAUCAUCGAAGAGACUCCCGAAUGCUUGACGUGAAUGGUUUGAGUUUGCUCGUGCCUGAACGGUCAAAGAGCGUGAUGACAUUGGGGCAAAUACUUAGCAGAAAGUUGUUGAGCCCUGAAGAUCAUGGCUUGGAAAUUCAGGAGAAUACUAAUGUUAAGCUGAAGGUUUCCCUCGGCCAAAUUCUGAAUAAGAAUGUCAUUUCUCCCCCGAGGACUCACGAGAAGAAGUCCUCUGCAAAGAGAAAGAAGUUCGGCUUUGUAGGAUCAAUUAUAUUGGCUAAUCAAAGCAAGAAAAACAAGAAGAAGAGGAAGCAGAGUUGCAGCAGCCCAAAGUAGACAGACCAGUAUAUCAAUGACUUUAGGGAUUUUAUAGGCUAG